AUGUUUAGGACAGCCGUAAGGGUGACAUCAGAUGUCCAGGAGCGGAUCGAUGCGAUCAACCUAGCGCAACGCAUCGCGAAUUCUAACGGUUACAUUGGUAAUGUAGCACGUAGGCCAGAUCUUGGUGCGCAGCAAGAAUAUGCCACACUGUUUGAGUCGAAUAAGAUCAAUUUCUGCCUGCCCUUCAUAACCGACGACCCGAGUAAAGCUAUAUGGGCUAGUCUGGUGAAAUGCGGUCUCGAGGACCAAGUGAGAGUUGUGGAAAUACCUCCAACAAAUCUCAAAAAACAACUAGUUCGAAACAGAAUGUACGACCGCUUCUGUCUCACUCCAGACUGUGUAAUAUGCCCAUUCGGGAAGGAAGGGGACUGCAUGGUCUCUGGUGUAGUCUAUCUAAUUUCGUACAAAACAUGCUCUGACGAAGGCGACAACGCCGAAACGUUAGCCGUAAUAAAUUUUGUUAACAAUCUUGGCUGUUGCUUAAAUUCGACUAUCAACAAGUUGCAAUCUCUAUGCCAAGAUUCAAGGAAAGUCGAACUUUCGCACUUCUGCAAAGUCAGCCCAUCCCAAUGGCAUGAACAAGGCAGUUAUCCGAAAUAUAGUCAAACCGCAACAGCAAUGUGCACAGGGGAUAGAGAACGGGAGGAAUCAUUAAAACUAGCCACAAGCAUAGCUAGUCCAUACGGUUACUCGAGAUUGAAAUCUAACACCCAAUCUCGAGCUACGAACAACACAAUGAGGAUCCCACGUGAUGGUAGAAUUCCUUUGUGCAUCCCCUUCGUCUCUGACUCCUUGACUGCUGCUAUACACCGGACUCUUUUGCGGGCACAGCUGCAUGUUGUGUUGGUGAACAUUUCGAACGACAGCAUCAAGCGACAGUUAGUUCGCAAUAGAUUCUACGAUAGGCAAUGGGGGUCAGAAUAUUGUCCAUUCGGUAAGGCUGGUGAUUGCACGAACACCGAAGUUAUUUACCAAUGCCUAACGUGCAACGCCAUUUAUAUUGAAGAAACUGAAAGGAUGCUGAACGUGCGUAUCAAGGAAUAUUGGAAAAAUUUGGUGGUAUUGGUGGGAAUAUUGGUAAAAGGCGAGGGAGUUCGAUGA